AUGAUUCAAUUAAAGACAAUGCUUAACUGCAUCGACAACUCGGGCGCUGCCCUUGUCGAAUGCGUCUUGGUCGUCGGCCAAAAACGACAUGCCCGAAUCGGUGACCGUGUCGUCGUCGUCGUGCAGGAGCAGCGUGGUAGCUCCUCCGGUGGUAUGGCUGGUAUCUCUGCCGCCAACAAGGUCAAGCGAGGUGAUAUCCGCCACGCCGUCGUCGUCCGAACCCGAUACCCUACACAGCGCCGAGACGGCUCGGUCGUCAAGUUCGACGACAAUGCUUGUGUGCUGCUGAACAAGUCUGGAGACCCCGUUGGAUCACGUAUCAACGGUGCUGUUGGCGCUGAGCUGAAGCGCAAGAAGUGGAGCAAGAUUCUGUCAAUGGCGCCUAUGCAGGCAUAA